AUGGGUGAUUAUGAGCCAGAUGGAGCCGUGUCGCUUCAAGCGCCAAUCACUGGAGCCACGGAGGCCCUAAAAGAGGUUUCCAAUGGCAAUGGUGACAGUGGUGUACUUUAUCGUCAGCUUCGGCAGAAGCCUCUUAACAUUGUCGGCGGUAGAGGAAGCUACCUCAUCACAGACACCGGAUUGGAAAUUCUGGACGCCACCUGCGGCGCGGCGGUAUCCUGCCUUGGACACAAUGACAAGCGGGUGCACGAGGCAAUCCAAGAGCAACUACAAAAGGUUUCUUACUGCUACUCUCUUUACUUCACCAACAGCGCCAUGGAAAAUCUUUGCAGGUUCUUGGUCGACUCCACUGGAGGCCAAAUGUCCCGGGCAUUCAUUGUGGCAUCAGGAACCGAAGCUGUCGAAGCUUCUUUGAAACUGGCUGUCCAGUAUUUCAUGGAACUGCCCACUCCGCAGCCACAGCGCGUCAAUUUCAUCGCUCGGAAGCAAUCAUAUCACGGCAAUACUCUUGGCUCGCUCUCUGUGGGCCACCAUGUUGGGCGCAGAGCAUUGUAUGAGAAGGUUCUAGCGAAGAAUGUCUCUCACGUCUCUCAAUGCUACCCAUACCGAGAUAUGAGAUCGGAGGAAACUGUGGAGAGCUAUGUUGGCAGACUUGCUCAGGAAUUGGAAGAUGAGUUCCAAAGACUAGGACCCGAUACAGUCUGCGCUUUUGUUGCGGAAACUAUGGCUGGUGCAACAUUGGGAUGCAUGCCUGCGCUGCCUGGUUAUUGGAAGGCCAUGAAAGAAGUAUGCCAGCGUCACAGUGCAUUGCUUAUCCUGGACGAGGUCAUGUCUGGUAUGGGCCGUACUGGAACCCUGCACGCUUGGGAACAGGAGGACGUCGUCCCAGACCUACAAACCAUUGCUAAAGGUCUUGGUGGAGGAUACGCCCCAAUUGCUGGCCUCUUGAUCAACCAACAUGUUGUUGAUACUCUGACAAAGGGAACUGGAUCAUUCUCUCACAGCCAGACCUAUCAGGGUCACCCGGUUUCAUGUGCGGCUGCGUAUAGGGUACAGAAGAUUAUACAGGAAGACAAUCUUCUGCCAAAUGUCCGAGAGAUGGGCACCUACUUAAGCCAGUUGCUGCACGAGAAACUUGAUAGCCAUCCUCAUGUUGGUGAUAUUCGCGGGCGAGGACUCUUUUGGGCGAUCGAGUUCGUGAAAGACAAACAAACAAAGGAGCCAUAUCCGCCAUCACAGGGAGUCGCUUGGGCGGUUCAUACAUCUGGACUCAAACCGGAGCAUGCGAUAUCCUUGAUUCCCGGAAACGGUGGUGUGGAUGGGAUCAAUGGUGAUCAUGUCUGCUUGGCCCCUGCUUAUAAUACGACUCGGGCUGAGAUUGAGUUGAUCGUUGAUCGCGUGACUCGUGUAAUUCAGGAUACAUUGGGGGAGUAG